AUGCUCUGGGAAGAGAACCUUAAGGAAGAGAGGAGAAAAUGCCUUAUGCAUUGGCCUUACACACCUGUGGAGGACAAGGAGGAACAGCCUUCAGUUUUGAUGGGUGGAGAAAUGGAGCAACGCUGGAAAAAAUCUGGGUGUGGGUUGGAGGGUGGCAGAUCAAGUGCGUGAAGGCCUGGCUGACGGACGGAAGGACUGCACAGUACGGCAGUCCCUCGGGAUCUCACAAAGAGUUUGUGUUCCAGCCCGGGGAGCUGUUUUCGUCCCUCUCACUGUGGGGGAAUGGGGCUGGCUCACGCCUGGGCGCCUUCAAGUUCAGGACAACCAAAGGCAGGGAAUUCUUCGUGAAGAUGACAGACUGGGGCCUAAAGACCGAGUACCCAGUCGACGUCCGCUCUGGAAUCUGCCUUGGAAUUCAGGGCAAAGGCGGUUCAGACAUCGACAGCAUGGGCUUCCUCUUCAUCAAUUCGGUUAAAAGUUCAGAAUUGAUCAACGUGACAUACCCUACACUGCACAGGGAGCUUCCAAAAGUCCAGAUGGAAGAGAUCAAAUCACUCAGUUACAAGAAUACUGGUUCUGUCCCCCAAACCUAUAAAAUUGAAACCUCCAAGACCGUGACCAAAACCUCCUCCUGGUCGAUCACAAACAGUCUGGAGGCAACCGUGAGCCUCACCGUCUCAGCCGGCGUUCCGGAUGUCGUGGAUGUUGAAGCUGGCUUUAGUUUUACCGUUAGCACCGAGAGUACGCACGCCGUGGAGAAUUCAGAAUCGAAAACCGAGCUCCUCUCAUUCAACGUCACGGUUCCUCCACGCAAGACCACUGCGAUCGACAUCAAUAUCGGUCGCGCGGAAAUCGACCUCCCGUACAAGGGUACGGUGCGCAUCUCCUUAUUGAACGGCGCCACCUACGACAUCCCAAUGAAGGGUGUCUACAAGGGCCUCGCCUACACCAAGGUGACUGCAGAAAUAAAGGAAAAGUGAAACGGCAUCGGAAAAGCACGCACGUGCUGCGCUUUACUAACUGCAUGCUGCAUUCAAAGCUGCCUAUCUUUAUUUAAUAGUUUAUUGAACCCUGCGGUAUAAAAUAUGAUGCAAUACAUAUGCCAUUUGGGAGAUUUCAGUUGGUGCAAUUAAGGAACCUUUGAAUCGGUGAAAAAAUAAUUAACACGGAGAUGCAGUUAUUUCAACGAAUUUUUCUCGCACAUACCGUACAUAAUUGAGUCUGUUCGCUCAGAAAUCACAAUGGAAUGAUCAUAAUCUGUCUUUAUCCCGGAGGAAUCCGACGAUAAAUUAAUCUCUUUUUUACAGAUGUCCAGUAGGGGCGAGCCAGCAAGUUACAACAACAAACAAUACAAAACACGAUAGGAGUAAAAAGUAGAUCAAUGGUAAGCCAGUAGCUUAAAUUUAUAUAAAGAAAUACGAAUAAAUAAAGUAUAUAAGUACAAAUAGCAUAAGUACAUUCCUGCCGAUUUUUCAACACUAAAUGCAAACUUGGGCAAGGCAACAAAACGACGACAAAAACAGUUCCAGAUCAAACCAACACAGCAGAGGGUAUCUUCAUAAUAUUUGAUUUUACAAUCUAACUAUCAUUUCACAGAUAAGAAAUAAUUUUUAACGUUACUUUUGUCAUUUACAAACGUGAGAAUGAGCCCGAACUAGCAAAAGCAAAUGGAAAAAAAAAACUUCCUGCAGUGGUUUGGGCAAUGUAACAAGACAAUACACACUGGCAUAGGCAACGCUGAUCGGUAGAGUGCAAAUCUGGAGGGGUUCAAAACAUCAAAGUACAAGUUGGAUGACCGACAUAAAUGACUGGAAGGAGGUAAAAGAGGUGAAGCUUUAUGGGCUUCAGAAAUGAGAAGCUGAAGAGUGAAAACUCACACGAAGCACACAGCUAAGGAUAUUCUCCACGGCAAAAUCAUACAACCAUAUAUCUUGACAAUACAGUUUCUGCAUGCUGCCACGAACAGAAUAAUCGAUGGACUUGACCAACAUUUCUACUAAAAUUAUAGAGAGAAGACAUCCACGUGUGAAUGAUACCAAACAAAACGAUGACGCAAAGAUAAAGAUUCCUCAAACAAUCAACCAAUCUUCAUUUGUGUUGGGACACCUAUUUUCAAAAACGCUCAUAUUUGUUUUCAAUUUCACACUACAAUGAAUAUACAAAUAAUGAUAACUGGCCUCGAAUUACCAAGAAUUUCUCCAAAGGUGACACCAGAAAAUUAAAGAACUUCUCUUGCAGUGCUAUCAUUUCCAUCAGCACCACCAUCUGGAUUAAUGUAUUUAGAUUACAAUUGCAUGCUCUUUAAUUAUAGGGAAUUGCAUGCAACUAGUCAGUUGCAUGUUCUGCAAUGCUUUGGGCUUGUGAUGCAAAAUAAAAUAUCUUUAAAAAAU